AUGGAUCUUAAAAAUGGAUCUGUAGUGACCGAAUUUGUUUUAAUAGGAUUUUCUGCACAAUGGGAACUCCAGAUCUUCUUCUUUGUGACAUUCUCCUUGAUUUAUGGUGCAACUGUGUUUGGAAACAUUCUCAUUAUGCUCACAGUGAUGUUUAGUUCCACCCUUCAUUCCCCUAUGUACUUCCUCCUUGGAAACCUCUCUUUUCUGGACAUGUGUCUCUCUACUGUCACCACACCCAAGAUGAUCACAGACUUGCUCACUGUGCACAAGACCAUCUCCUUGUGGGGCUGCAUGACACAGAUGUUCUUUAUGCAUUUGUUUGGGGGUGCAGAGAUGACUCUUUUGAUAGCCAUGGCCUUUGACAGAUAUGUAGCCAUCUGUAAACCCCUGCACUACAGGACAAUCAUGAGUCACAAGUUGCUGAAUGGGUUUGUGAUACUCUCAUGGGUAAUUGGGUUUACACACACCAUGAGUCAGAUGCUAUUAACAGUGAACUUGCCUUUCUGUGGCCAAAAUGUCAUAGAUAAUAUAUUUUGUGACCUUCCCCUUGUGAUUAAGCUUGCUUGUAUUGAAACCUAUACCCUUGAACUAUUUGUGAUUGCUGACAGUGGGCUGCUUUCGUUUAUCUGUUUCAUUCUCCUGCUUUUCUCCUACACGGUCAUCCUGGUCACUGUUCGACAAAGGUCAUCUGGAGGCCUCGUCAAAGCUCUGUCCACAUUGUCUGCCCAUAUCAUUGUGGUCACUCUAUUCUUUGGACCUUGUAUCUUUAUCUAUGUCUGGCCAUUUAAUAGUUUUGAGGGCAAUAAAAUCCUUUCUGUGUUUUAUACUGUUAUCACACCCCUACUGAAUCCCAUUAUUUAUACUCUGAGAAAUGAAAAAAUGCAAGAGGCUAUGAGGAAAUUACGGAACUGA